AUGGGGCGUGUGGGGAUAUAUGAGUCGGGAUUUGAGGCAACUAGGGAACGUAUCAUACCAGCUGAGGAGGGUACCACACCAGCUGAGGAGGGUACCACACCAGCUGAGGAGGGUACCACACCAGCUGGGGAGGAUACAACACCAGCUGAGGAGGGUACCACACUAGCUGAGGAGGGUACCACACCAGCUGAGAAUGGUAGCACACCAACUGGGGAGGGUAGCACACCACCUGGGGAGGGUACCACACCAGCUGGGGAGGGUACCACACCAGCUGGGGAGGGUAGCACACCACCUGGGGAGGGUACACACACCAGCUGGGGGUACACACCAGCUGGGAGGGUACCUGGGGAGGGUACCACACCAGCUGGGGAGGGUAGCACACCACCUGGGGAGGGUACCACACCAGCUGGGAAAGGUACCACACCAGCUGAGGAGAGUACCACACCAGCUGAGGAGGGUACCACACCAGUUGAGGGUGGCACCACACCAGCUGGGAAGGGUACCACACCAGAUGAGGGUGGCACCACACCAGCUGGGGAGGAUACAACACCAGCUGAGGAAUGA